CCCGGAGCUGGGCCGGGGGCGGGCCUCCGCCUGCUUCGCCCGAACCCGGAGAGCGCCCGGCACGGCGGCCGCCGACGCAGCAGCGGUCCCAGCUCGCCGAGCCCCGAGACCCGCGGUUCCCGGGCGGCCCCGGGCGGACGCUGCGUGAGGGCGCUCGAGGAGGCGCGGGGCGGCCCGCACGCGCCCCCGGCCGCCCCCUGCCCGUGAGCGCACCGGCCCAGCGCCGCCCCGGCGCGGGGAGCGCCGGCCGGGCGAGGGCGCGGGCGAUGCCGCGGUGACGGCCCCGCCAUGGCGAAGCCCCCGGCGGCGGCGGCGGCGGCGGCGGCGUCGGAGGAGCUGAGCCAGGUGCCGGACGAGGAGCUGCUGCGCUGGAGCAAGGAGGAGCUGGCGCGGCGGCUGCGGCGCGCAGAGGGCGAGAAGGUGGGCCUCAUGCUGGAGCACGGCGGCCUGAUGCGCGACGUGAACCGGCGGCUGCAGCAGCACCUGCUGGAGAUCCGCGGCCUCAAGGACGUGAACCAGCGGCUGCAGGACGACAACCAGGAGCUACGCGAGCUCUGCUGCUUCCUCGACGACGACCGGCAGAAGGGGCGCAAGCUGGCGCGCGAGUGGCAGCGCUUCGGGCGACACGCGGCCGGCGCCGUGUGGCACGAGGUGGCCCGCUCGCAGCAGAAACUGCGCGAGCUCGAGGCGCGCCAGGAGGCCCUGCUGCGCGAGAACCUGGAGCUCAAGGAGCUGGUGCUGAUGCUGGACGAGGAGCGCGCGGCGCUGGCGGGGGGUGGGGGCGGCGGGGGCGGCGGCGGCGGCGCCGGCUCCCGCAGCUCCAUCGACAGCCAGGCCAGUCUGAGCGGGCCGCUGGCCGGCGGCGCGGCGGGCGCUGGGGCCCGCGACGUGGGCGACGGCAGCAGCACGUCGAGCGCGGGUAGCGGAGGCAGCCCGGACCACCACCAUCACAUCCCGCCCCCGCUGCUGCCCCCGGGGCCGCACAAGGCCUCCGAUGGCAAGGCAGUAGCCACGCGCAGAUCCCUGGACGACCUGUCGGCGCCACCGCACCACCGAAGCAUCCCCAACGGCCUGCACGAUCCCUCGUCCACCUACAUCAGGCAGCUGGAGACCAAGGUGAGGCUGCUGGAGGGGGACAAGCCCCUCGUACAGCAGGCAGGCCCUGGAGAGUUCCGGACGCUGCGGAAAGGCUUCUCCCCGUACCACUCGGAGUCCCAGCUGGCAAGCCUCCCGCCCACCUACCAGGACUCCCUGCAGAACGGCCCAGCUUGCACGGUACCCGAGCUGUCCUCGCCCCCCUCCGCCGGCUACAGCUCUGCGGGACAGAAGCCCGAGGCUGUUGUGCACGCCAUGAAGGUCCUGGAGGUGCACGAGAACCUGGACCGGCAGCUCCAGGACAGCUGUGAGGAGGACCUGAGUGAGAAGGAGAAGGCCAUCGUCCGUGAGAUGUGCAACGUGGUCUGGCGAAAACUAGGAGACGCGGCCAGCUCCAAGCCCUCCAUCCGGCAGCACCUGUCUGGGAACCAGUUCAAGGGGCCUUUGUAGGGCUGCUUCUCUGUGGACGUGGACUGGCCCUGCAGGGCACCCAGGAUGAGUUGCAGGCCCCCGUGUUUGUUUCCUGUGGUGAAUUGUACAUAGGACACUGCCCGCCGUGCCCCGGCUCCCGUGGGUCCAGCGCGAUAACAGCCGGGCCUCUGUCUCCCUCCUCACGCACCAGCACACGAAGACAAGAGGCUGCGGCCAUGCUCCAUGGCAGAGCGGCCCAAACAGCCUCCUCCCUGCUCUGGGGCCCCGCUGCCGGGAGGCUGAAGGCUGUGUGGGGACUCAGGGCCUGGCAUCCCAGGCUGGGCCCGGCCUUGGCCAAGGGGCACCUCAUCGAGCCUUCUACCCGCUGGCUGCUACCCACACUGGACAGAGGCCACCGGCAGCUGGACCUGACACAAGGGGCACCCCUUCUCACCCGUCUGCGGCCUGAACCCCAGCUCACUGAGCCCGCGUCCGAUCGUGGACAGGGAAGCUCAUGGUGUCUGUGGCUGGCUGGAGGCCCUGAGGCCCUUCCUCUGGCACUGCUGCCCCCCUGCCCUGCCCCGCACCCAGCUCCCUGCUACAAGCUGCUGCUUGGUUUCAGGGUGCUUCCCCCA